CUCUCAGAAGUUGUCCAAAGCAUUAGGGGACUUAUAUCACAUAAAUCAAGUUGUGAAUUCUCAGAAGUUACUGAGGGCCUGGUAGGAAUAAACUCUCAACUGGUGGAAUUCGAGUCAUGUUUAGCUUUAUGGUUAAAUAAUGAAGUUCGCUUUAUAGGGAUUUGGGCAAUGGGGGGAAUGGGCAAGUCAACCCUAGCUAGUGUUGUCUAUAGGAUGGUUUCUAAAGAAUUUGAAGCUUGUUGUUUUAUUGACAAUGUUAGGAAAAAAGAUGUACUUUCACUGCAAAAAGAUCUUAUUUCUCAAAUUUUGCAUGAAAAAAAUUUGAUAAAAAAUAAAUAUGAUGGAGUUCACAUGAUCAAGAAAAUGUUACAGCAUAAAAAAGUUCUUAUUGUUCUUGAUGAUGUAGAUGAAUCAAACGAGUUAAAAAUGUUAGUCAGGAAGAGUGAUUGGUUUGGUUCGGGUAGUAGAAUUCUCAUAACAACAAGAGAUAAGCACUUGUUGAAGGAAUUCCCUGUAGAUGAAACAUUUGAAGUUAAAGCAUUGAAUUAUGAAGAUGCUCUUUGUCUUUUUUGUUCAAAGGCUUUUAAAAAAGAACUAGUCCCAUAUAAAUAUUUAAAGUUGUCCCAAAGUUUUUUAGAAUAUGUUAAUGGUCUUCCUUUAGCACUUGAGGUUUUGGGUUCAUUUUUGUUUGGAAGAAGUACUGCUGAAUGGAAAAAUGCAUUAGAGAUGCUCAAAGAAGAUCCCAAACCAGAGAUUAAUCAAGUACUAAAAAUAAGUUUUGAUGGACUCCCUAACUCAGUGAAGGAUAUAUUCAAAGAUAUUGCAUGCUUAUUUAAUCAUGAGAAGAAAGAUCAUGUUUUACAAAUGCUAGAUAGUCUUGGCCGCUAUUCCCAAAUUGGAUUGAGCAUUCUCAUUGACAAGUCUCUCUUGAAAAUUUCCGAAAAUAAUAAAUUGUGGAUGCACGAUUUACUAAGAGAUAUGGGAAGGGAUAUUGUUCGUCAAGAAUCUCGUGAUGAGCCUGGAAAGCGCAGUAGACUGUGGCUUUAUGAUGACAUUGAUCAUGUGUUAAAAAACAAUACGGGAACAGAAGCAGUUCAAGCCAUAGAUAUUUGGGAAGCCAAGGAUACAAGUAUUUAUCAUGAAGAAAAAGAGGCACUUUGGUUAGGUUUCACAUCUUCCAAAAAACAAAAAGUGUCACUUUGGAACCCUAAUGCCUUUUUCAAGAUGCCCAAGCUAAAAUUUCUGAGAAUUCGUAGUAUUUGCCCUCAAUUUGUCCCCGAGUAUCUUCCAAAUAAAUUAACAUAUCUUGAAUGGAGUAAUUAUCCUUCAAAAUCAUUGCCAUGUUUUUUGCCAAAUGAGCUUGUUCAACUUCGUUUGCAGUGUAGUAAAAUUGAACUACUUUGGGGAGGAAUGAAGAAUUUUGACAAGUUAAGGUUCAUCGAUAUGGCUGGCUCCUCAAACCUGAUUAUAGCCUUCGACUUCAAUGGAGUCCCAAAUCUUGAGGAAUUAGUUCUUGCAAGGUGUUCAAAUUUAUGCAAGCUUCACCCAUCCAUUGUAAAACUGAAAAAGCUUAAACUUCUUGAUCUAGAAGAAUGCCAAGAACUAACUAGUCUUCCAGACAAGUUUGAAAUGGAGUCUCUUGUGACUCUUAAUCUUUCUUGUUGCUCAAAAGUUAAGAAAAUUCCAGAAUUUGUGGGAAACAUGAAGCUUUUACAGAGACUUCUUUUGAAAUGCACCGCUAUUACAACAUUACCUUCAUCUAUUGAAUGUUUGACUGGCCUUAAUAUUUUGAUCUUGCGGGAUUGCAAACAAUUAGUGUGUCUUCCUAACACCAUUUGUAGUUUGACAUCGCUUAAAAAUCUUGAUCUUUUUGGAUGCUCAAAAUUUGACAAACUGCCAGAGGACUUGGGAAAUAUUGUAAGUCUAGAGGAGCUUUAUUUGAGUGAAACAGCUAUAAAGGAACUGCCUUCAUCAUUUGAAUUUUUGAUUGGCCUUACUUCAUUGGAUCUAACCAAUUGCAAAGAUUUUGUGCUUCUUCCAAGCGCCAUUUGUAUUUUGAAGUCACUAUUUAUAAUUAACCUUUCUGGAUGCUCAAAAUUUGUCAACUUGCCAGAGAAUCUGGGGAAUCUCGAAGGCCUGUUUAUUCUUUCUCUAAAAGGAACAGCAAUAGAAUUAUUGCCAUCAUCUAUUGGACGUUUGACUUGCCUUGGGGAUUUGGAUAUAAGGGAUUGCAAAAAUCUUUUGUGUCUUCCUAGCAGCAUUUAUAGUUUGAAGAUGCUAAAAAAUCUUUAUCUUACUGGAUGCUCAAAAUUUGUCAACUUACCAGAGAAUCUGGGGAAUCUCGAAGGCUUGUUUAAUCUUUCUUUAAAAGGAACAGCAAUAGAAGUGUUGCCAUCAUCUGUUGGACGUUUGACUGCCCUUCGUGAAUUGAAUCUAAGUGAUUGCAAAAAUCUUUUGUGUCUUCCUAGCAGCAUUUGUAGUUUGAAGAUGCUAAAAUGUCUUUGUCUUUCUAGAUGCCCAAAAUUAGUCAACUUGCCUGAGAAUCUGGGGAAUCUUGAAGGCCUAUUUAGUCUUUUUUUUUAAGGAACAGCAAUAGAAGUGUUGCCAUCAUCUAUUGGACGUUUGACUGCCCUUCGUGAAUUGAAUCUAAGUGAUUCCAAAAAUCUUUCGUGUCUUCCUAUCAGCAUUUGUAAUUUGAAGAUGCUAAAAAUUCUUUUUGUUUUUGGAUGCCCAAAAUUUGUCAACAUGCCAGAGAAUCUGGGAAAUCUCGAAAGCCUGGUUGAACUUUCUCUAAAAAGAACAGCAAUAGAAGUGUUGCCAUCAUCCGUUGGACGUUUGACUGCCCUUCGUUAUUUGAAUCUAAGUGAUUGCAAAAAUCUUUUAUGUCAUCCUAGCAGCAUUUGUAGUUUCAUGAUGCUAAAAAGACUUUAUCUUUCUGGACCCUCAAAAUUUGUCAACUUGCUAGAGAAUCUAGGGAAUCUCAAAGGCCUGGUUGCUCUUUCUCUAAAAGGAGCAGCAAUAGAAGUGUUUCCAUCAUCCGUUGGACGUUUGACUGCCCUUCGUGAAUUGAAUCUAAGUGAUUGCAAAAAUCUUUUGUGUCUUCCUAGCAGCAUUUGUAGUUUGAAGAUGCUAAAAAGUCUUAAUCUUUCUAAAUGCUCAAAAUUGGUCAACUUGCCAGAGAAUCUAGGGAAUCUCGAAGGCCUGUUUAGGCUUUCUCUAAGAGGAAUAGCAAUAGAAUCGUUGCCAUCAUCCGUUGGACGUUUGACUGCCCUUCCGCAUUUGGAUUUAAGUGAUUGCGAAAAUCUUUUGUGUCUUCCUGAAAGCAUCUCCCAACUCUCUAGAAUUACAAGGCUCAACUUGGAUGGUUGCAAGAGGCUUCGAUGGUUACCAGAUAUUCGGUCACAAGAUUGUAAUAUAAAUGUAAACAAUUGUACCUCACUGGAGAGAUUCCCAGAAAGCCCAAAAAAUUGUCCCUUCUGGUGUCGUCACUUUGAUUUCUGUGUCGCGUGUGUCAAUUGCUUCAAUAUUCAAUUCUGUGUCAAGGGACUAAUAAGUGGUAAAUUAGUGGGGAGAUUACCUUAUGUUCUUCCUGGAAAAGAAAUUCCAAAUGGGUUUGAAAAAGCGAAAAUACGUGAUAGUUCAGUUUUGGCAUCUCCGAGUUUCCUCAGAUGCGAUUAUUCAGUGAACAUGCAAUUGCCUCGGUCGGGGUUUGAUGAGUUGCGGGCAAUUCUUUUGUGCGUUGUUUUUGUACCCUGCGACCAUUAUAAUCACCUACCUGUGAUUGAAAUCAAAUCUAUUAAAGUAUGGUUUCAAAGUAUUGCGUCAGAAUAUGGUAAAAUUGAAUCGCAUCACCUUGCGCUGAGCCUGCACUAUUUGAAUUUCUUCGAUCUGGAAACCCCUGGCUGGUCUAUUGAUGAGAAGGGAUUCCAUGAAGUUGAGUUUACAAUAGCUACCAGGAACGUGGAGGUGGAGACAGUUGGGUUCCGUUUGUUAAACAAGCAAGACAUCACAUCAAAGACUCGGAGGAUUGGGAGGAGGACUGGGAUGACGGGACAGGGGCAUAGAUUGUGAGGAGAUUUUUUUCGUCAUCUUUUACCUGGUUAUCGACGUGUUCACCUGACAAACCAAGGAUUUGGAGAGUAGAAAUCAUCCAGUCACUAACAAGAUGCUGAAUGAGAAAAAACAGUCAAUGGUCACAGGUUACUCUUAAAAAGCAAUGUGUCAAAUCUUGAAAACAAGAGAAUUGAUCUCUUUGAUUUUGGCACCAAAGGAUGUGGGGAAGAUAAUGUCUUGCUAGCACCGUACUGUUCAAGACACCAUCAAUGUUGGAACAGAAACUGCAGCAGCACUCAAGGAUCAGCCAUGACAAAUACACAGCUAGUAGAUAGUGGAAACCGGAUGAUGGAUGAGACUGAUCAAGCCAUCGAGAGGUCAAAAAAG